CCAACGGCGGGGAGAAUCGCCGUAGGAUCCCAUCUUAUCCCGUGCUCAAGUUGGCCGUUAGUGGUAUCCCCAUGGUCAGGUUCGCCGUUAGUGGAAAUGACAAGCAUUCAUCGGAUGAGAUAUCAGUAUCGUCUCCCCGGGCACUGCGUUACCUCUCUCUAUUUCGACUCGUUAUCGCUUCCUACGCUGAUCUGAACUGGCCCUGUAUCAUCGGACUUGACCUUAAUCCGGCAGCCAUCGAGGAGCUCCAAGCAAAAUGGACAGGCGCAACUCGCAGCCUUGGGCAACGACACCUUUGAUCGAGAGUCGAGCCCUUUCGGAAGCGGCAGAGUGCAGAGUCUUCCUGAAGCUCGACAACCUUCAACCCGCGGGAUCUUUCAAGUCCAGAGGCAUAGGAAACUAUAUCCUUCGACGUGCUGCGGAGCGUCAUGGGCAGCCAAUACACUUCUAUGCAGCAUCCGGGGGCAAUGCAGGUAUUGCUUGCGUCCAUGCGGCCAAAUCGCUCGGAUAUCCUGCCACCGUGGUGAUCCCCAGAAGUGCAAAGCCUGCAAUGGUUCGGAAACUGCGCGCCAUGGGGGCGACCGAGGUCAUCCAGCACGGCGCCAGCAUCGCAGAAGCCCAGGAGCACAUCGAGACGGUUCUGCUGCCACUUGACCCUACUGGCGUCUUCGUACCCCCUUUCGACCAUCCAGACAUUUGGGACGGCAACGCGACAAUCAUGAGCGAGAUUGCCGUGCAGCUUGGCGGCAAGCCGGACGUUGUCGUCUGCAGCAUCGGAGGUGGGGGCUUGAUCAAUGGUAUUAUGCAAGUGCUCGACGACAACGGUUGGAGCGAAGACGUGCAAGUACUGGCAAUGGAAACGAAGGGUGCCGACUCGUUGAAUCAAUCUCUCCUGGCAGGAGAGCUCAUUACUCUGCCGCGCAUCACGUCUCAAGCAACAAGUCUCGGUGUUGUCAAAGUCUCAGAGAGGACCUUCGAGUAUGCCCAACGGCCGAACGUUACAAGUCUUGUGCUCUCCGAUGCAGAAGCCGCGCGAGGGUGUUGUCUGCUGGCGGAACACGAGAGAAUGAUGGUCGAGCUAACUGUCGGUGUCAAUGUACCCGUCUGCUAUGAUGGCCUCUUGCAAAGGGUACUAGGGUCGCGAAAGGUUCUGGACAGAUCGAGCAAAGUCGUGAUCGUCGUCUGCGGUGGGAACGACAUCUCUGUCGAAAUGCUCAUGGAUUGGUAUAGAACAACCUUGGGCGAGGAGGAUUUGCAAGAGACCACAAUUGCUAGUGUACCAAGACCUACGUCGACCAAGCUAACAGCAUGAGACAACGUAUAGGAUGCGGCGUUAAGGGUUUCUCGAUAGUGUUGCAAUAUAUCCACUUGCGUAUUGAAA